UCCGCUUCCUGCAAGAGAUUUGUUUACCAGUCAUUUCCCAGUUUUCAGCAGUGAGCAAAUCACCAAAUCAUGAGACCCAGCAAGGCUGCAGAAGGCCCUGAGACUUUCAAUUUUCUGUUUCAGAUCCGGUACAGAACAUGUUCCUUCUCCUGCUAUUGUUGAGUCUGGGGAUGCAGCUUUGGCAGACAGCAGCUUUUUUCACAGUGACUGUCCCCAAGGAACUGUACGUGGUAGACCAUGGCAGCAACGUGACCCUGGAGUGUGACUUUGACACUAGAGGUCCUGUUGAACUUGGAGCAAUAACAGCUAGUUUGCAAAAGAUGGAAAAUGACACAUCCUCACACAAUGAAAGAGCCACUUUGCUGGAGGAGCAGCUUCCCCUGGGGAAGGCCUUAUUCCACUUCCCCCGAGUCCACGUGAGCGAUGCGGGGCACUACCGCUGCUUGAUCGUCUACAAGAGCUCCUGGGACUACAAGUACCUGACUCUGAAAGUCAAAGGUUCCUACAAGAAAAUAAACACUCAUGUCCUUAGGGUCCCAGGAACAGGUGAGGUGGAGCUCACCUGUCAGGCUGAAGGGUAUCCCCUAGCAGAAGUUUCCUGGCCAGAUGUCAGUGUUCCUGCCAACACCAGCCACACCAAGACCCCCGAGAACCUCUACCAGGUCACCAGUGUUCUUCGCUUAAAGCCACACCCUGGCCAAAAUUUCAGCUGUGUGUUCUGGAAUGAGAACGUAAAGGAACGUACGUCAGCCAUCAUUGACCUUCAAGAUCAGAUGAAACUUGAGGACCCAGCCACCAUGCUGUUCCACGUUUUCAUCCCUACCUGCAUCAUCACCUUAAUCUUCGUGGCUGCAAUGCUAAUCCUAAGGAAAAGGCUCUGUCAAAAGCUGUCUUCUAGAGAAGGUUUUUUUCUUUUUCAGACACAACAGGAAGAUCUGCCACCAUAGUAAAGAGGGAUGUGAACAGAGCUAUCUGAGCAUGUGGUCUCAGGAGCUGGUGUGAUCUGACAGGACAGCCUCAAGAGGCUUCUGAACUCUGAACAAGGACCCCUUGGCCUGGAGAGCUUGAAUUUGCACUUCCAAUGCCUUUGGGUGACCCAGCACUUUACUCUGGAACUGGCAAUAAGACGGGACGGCACCCACCAGGCGCUUGGAGGAGGUCACGCGGCGCCCUCACUCCUCAGGGCUCUCCCCUUGAAGCCUGUGGCUCUGAGAUGUGGCCCGAGGGAGCACAGUUGCACUUUAGAAACAUACCCUACUGAAUUCUGACCCCCAGUGAGUUCUGAAGCUCCUUCUUGCUGCCAGACUAAAAGCAAAGGGAAUCCUCUUCGCCUAAGUUUCCAAAGUGAUUUCCAGAAGCAGAGAUGUAUGGAAAUUUCCAGUUAACAGAAAUGGACAGAUGGCCAAGAGAAUUACUGCUCUUUAGUCUAGAUGCUGAAAGAGUCUGUGGAGACCAUGAGCUCACAGACCGGGCUUUCCACAAACCCAAGCCUUCCGUGACAUGCUUUAUGGCUCACCGGAAUUCUGAAAGCGUCUGAGGUCGGUCUAAUUAACAGGAAGCGUUCAAGUUUGCAGAGAGACCAGCUUCAAACUGUGGAGUAAAGGCAUCGAGGAUUUUCUCUGAGGUCUAAAUCAUAAAGCAUUUGUUUUAACCUGGAGUGGCAUCAUGCUGAAUAGUGUUUUGUUUUUUAAUACAUCUUUCCUUUGGAAAAUUCUGUGUUUCUUUUUUAAUCUUAGAAAUCAGUGAUGUAUAUUAAAACUAUUUGGCAUGCAAA